CCAACUAAUCAUGAAUUAAUACGAGGUUGAUUUCUGUUGUGCGAACCAAAUACAUGUUUUGGUUACUCGAACUAGGACGGGGAAAUGGUGCGGUCUGGUCUGGAUCAGAACAUAUAUACGGUCUAUGAUCCUGACCGAGAGGCUGAAGUAUAGAUCAUAGACCAUAUCAUAGACUAUACGGUUUGAUCUAGAUCACGCCUGUGCGGUCUGGUUCGGUCUGGUCCAGAUAGACCACAUUCAACGAAAAAUGAACAAUUUGUUUAGUCAACCACACAAAAAAUUGAAGCAAUAACCAAGAAAAUAAUUGUUAUUUGCCUUAAAACAUUAGUACUAACAUGCAUGAAUAAUUUUGAUACCCUAAAUCUUAGUACAUAACAAAGAUAUAAAGUAAAAACAUCCAAUUUGCACCAUAACGUGAUAAACAUUAACAUAAUGUCAUAUGGAGACACGAUUAUCUCUACCCUCUGGUUAAAUGUGGUUGUGAAUGAAGGAGAGACGAGAUUCACAAAAUUAAGGUAGAGAGUUGGGUGUCGUUGUGAGGAGAGUGGUCGAAUGGGCUGUUAACACGUAUUGACAAGUUGGUGGGGUCCACGGUUUGGUCCGAUAAACAGCGGUCUAGGCCAGACCAGAACAAGAUAUCAAAACAUAAAAUAAUACAGACCAUGAACCACACCAGACCAUACUUAACGUUGUACGGUCUGGACCAAACUGUGCGAUACGAUUUGGACCUCAGUUUUUCUAACGAUCUCUCGGCCCUAACUCGAACUGUAAUAACAUGUCAAAAAGGAAAGAACGUUUUCAUUUGGGUAUUUGAAAUGUUCCUCUAAUUAUAUUAAUCAACGGUUUACCAAUUCCUGCGGACAGGCAUAUAUAUAUAUAUAUAUAUAUCCAUGAGCUAGUCCGUACUCAAAAUCAAUACACCCAUAUACUCGAUCCCAUGCAGAACUAUACGUACAAGUAGGUUAUCUGAUAAAAAACAGUGCUCGCGAGAUCUUUAUCAUUCAUACACGUCAUGUGCCACGUUUUCUCUCUAAAUUAGCGUUGAUCUGACGUAAAAUAUAUGUUUGUGCUUACAUUUAUAGAUGUACAUUGUAUAUGUUGACGGAAUCAAAAUAGUAGGGUUUUUUUUUUUUAGUAACUGCUUUUGUAGUUUGAGUUUAGAGAAUUUAGGUAUAUGUUUCAUCCAUUAAAGUUUCGGAAUAUAUAAUAUCAUGUCUCAAACUCUUAUCAGUUCAUGAUCAAAAUAUCAAAACUCAAUAGACAUUAGAUAAAAUUAGUGUAAGCAAAACAUACGCAAAUCUGAAACAUAUAUAUACUAAGGCAAGUUAGCAUACCCAUAAGUUAGGUGAGCAUACUGAUCAUGAAGCAUAUGGUAAGCUUGUGGUACUUUGGUAUAUUCAGAGUCCAGACCAUGAAUUAAAUCGAAUUUGGGACAUGAAUUAUUGUAUUCUAACAUCUAACGGCAAAACCCAACCCUUACCAUAUAAACUCAUGUUGUAGAAUCAGUUUUAUAAAAACAAUAAUCGAUAACUCUUAUUCGUAAAAAUAAAUCAAAAUGCGUUUUAACAGUUAAAUAACUAAAAGUACAGCAUACUCAAAGAAUAUGCUAACCUUUAGUCUAUACUAUUUAUAUCCCAAUGAUCAAAAUAUUAUUGAUCAAAGUGGUAAUUAGGCCUCUAUAAAAAAAUAAAAUAAAAAGUGGUAAUUAGGCCGUUUACAACCUUCAAUCCUAAAGAGUUACAAUGCGACCAACGCCGAAGGGAAAGAUCCAACGUCGACAAGCGAUUCCUCAUCAGAUCGUAUGUGUGGUAACUGCCUUCAGGUUCCUGCCGUUCUUGUAGAAGUAGUCAAAGAAGGAAUCGAAGUUCGGCGAAGGAAAAAGGUGAUGGACGGCAAUUUUUUGUAUGUUAGCUACGAUAAUAAAGACGGUAUGCUGCAUGUACUUUUUUGUUCUAUCACUAUCCUAGCCUGCAAUCUGUAAGUGUUGUAGUAUAUGAUCCACGAUUGAACCUCUCCCAACAACUCGAGUUAUUGGGAUCAACUGGUUCUUGAUAUGGUAUCAGAGCCUUCUGUGACCGAGAGGUCUUGUGUUCAAUUCCAGGUGACCCCCAGUUGUUAAGCACAUGGUAUUCUUGUUUUCAAACCUGUACAAACUUCAAGCCCUUGUGAGUGGCUUUCGUUUGAGGGGGCGUGUAAGUGUUGUGGUAUAUGAUCCACGAUUGAACCUCUCCCAACAACUCGAGUUAUUGGGAUCAACUGGUUCUUGACACAAUCUGCAUACACACUUGAAUAAAAAAGGAAAGUUGUUGUUUAGCGGGAUGGGUAGUUUGAUAUCCAUACUUCAUAUUAGAAAUGAAUCGGGUCGGAUAAUACUCAUGUAGACAUGAUUUUGUUGUAGGCGAACUUUAGUCUAUAAGGGGUUACCUUACAUGUUUGAUGUUAUACGUCUCGCUAUAUAUGAGGUGGGGUUAAUGAGUGUUACAAUCAUUCGACUUUUUCGAUAGAAACCUGAUGCCAAGGGAAUGAUAGGAAUGCGAAUUAAGACGGAAUCGGGAGGGUCUCGAAGAAUUAAGUAUGAUCGUGAAGUACUCUUACGUAGUUAUGCGAUUGGGCGGGUCUCGAAGAAUUAAGUAUUAGUUUGAGUGAUCUGUUACUGCAUGUCUUGUGAUCCAGAAUUCCAGAUCGCCGCUAGAUGUGCGGACUUUUCCUGCAUGGGAAUAUGACGCAUUUUUUUUUUCGAACGGAAUAUGACACAGUUGAAUCAAACGGUAUACAUAAGGAAAGAUCAUUUGGAGCAGCCUAGUUAUUCUGCUAACUAGAAGAUUUGUUAGUAUAUACUAACUAAUAUCCAAAAUGUAUGAACUAAUAUCCAAGUCUGCUGAGUAUCUAGAUAGCACAGACUAGUAUUCAAAACAUCACAAACUAGUAUCCAAAUAGCAUAUACCAACUAAUAUCCACAAACAACUAACUAGUAUUCAAUAUGGAUACUUUUAUAUGUUAUCUGGAUACUCUUAUGUGUUAUCUGGAUACUAAUUAUGUGCUAUAUGGAUACUAUUCUGUGUUGUCUGGAUAUUAGUUUGUGAAUUUGAGAUAAUAGUUGAUUCAUUGUGGAUAUCAAUUAGCAAACUUUGAAUACUAGUCUGUGCUCUCUAGAUACUUUAGUACCUUGAUACUAGUUCAUGUAUUUUGAAUAUCAGUUAGUAUCUGCUAACGAAUAUUCAAGUUAGUAGAUUAACUUUUCCCCAUUUGGAGGGUUUUGAUUAAUUGAGGGGAGGCAACGUAAAAUUGGUAGCUAAAUUUUUAGUUGGAACUUGUUUCUGAAGUUAACUUCACCUGUCACAUCUCCAAGUUGUGAACAAAUUUUCAAAUAUGAAAUUAAUAAAGAACUAUUUCGUAAUCGGGAUGAGCAAUACAAGGUUGUUCGAUUGCAGCAUCGAACAAAUUUUGAGUUGUAAAAUAAGCGACUGAAAACCUAAUACCAUCGCCGGUGUCGAAUUUGGUUCGGUGGUGUUGAUUUGAUGUUUCGUGGUGGGAAUUCUAGCGGUGUUGUUUUAUCGAAUGCACCGCUGAUUGAUGAAAUCGAGACGACCGUCAAAUAUCCAUUGGGCGGUGUUGAUUUUGAACGGUGCAACUGACUUUUGAAAACGGUGACGAUCGUCAAAUAUCCACCGAUGUGCGAUGUUGAUUUGAUCGAUGCACCUCUGAAUGGUGAAAUCAACGCGACCGUCAAAUAUCCAACGUCGGGCGAUGUUGAUCUGAUCGAUGCACCUCUGACUUCUAACCAACGCGACCGUUACUACAGUUCGCACCUCUCCAAACUACGUUCGAACGAGGGUGUUUGAGUUUUUGAGGAAUCUACGUUACGACUACUCCUAUGGAGAUUCCUGUGGAGAGCUCCGCGAAGGAGUUACAGAGAAAAUGUAAAGUUUGAACAAAUGUGUUUCUGUGUUGAUUUUGGUUGUCCUCUCUCUCUCUCUCCUUGCUCCGGUGAUUUUAUCUGAAAUCACUUGCGUAGUUUUCAUGCCCCGUGGAACUGCUUCCUCAACCGCUCCGUCGUGAACUCCCACGUGUCUUCACUCUUCUCCACAGAGUCGUAGUCCUCAACCGCUUUGAUCUUAUCUUCACUCCCGAAUCUCACGUGCAAGAAAUAACUCCGUUAUUUUCAUGAGCUCGCGACGUCGUUUACGCCUCCAGCAACAAAGUUUCCAUAACGACGUCGUUGAACCUAUUCACGGCAUUGCUCAGCUUGCAACACCGUCAAGCUCACUACGUCGUUGAGCUCCACGAUUUUGUUUUGGCCUUGCGGCAUCGUUGAAUUUCUAGGCGUUGUCAAACUCGCAACACCGCUGGAUUUGCGACCGCGAAAUCGAUUAUGCUACAUUAUUGUUUAACUAACGACAUUUUUAGCCUUACGACACCGCAUUAAUUUAAUAUUUCACGUACCGCAACAUUGUCGGGUUUACUUGCAGUGUGGUUUGCUUCCCCAAAUAGCUCUAUUUGCUUUUUCACUCCACGACAUUGUUUUAUAUUAAACACUGUCGUUUUCUAAUCCACAGUGUUGUUUUCUCUCGCGGCGUCGUUUUUAGCCAAAGAACACCGUCUAAAAUAAUUAUUAAACAGAUUAAUUAAUUAAACCGGUUCAUUCUUGUCACGUGGUCAAAUUCUCAUCCCUUGUCGCCGUUUAAUCUUUCCGCGACAUCGCUUUUCACUAAUCGAUGCUGACCUUGAACUGCUCCAUCCCGGUCCCAUCGAACAAUGUCAUUUUUCAUUUCGCGACAUUGUUCUCUACCAAACGGUAACGUUUUUCUCGUCUUGCGGUGUCGUUGAGCUUGUCGGGCCGCCCACGCCAAACUCCAACCCGCUGUGGUAUAGUUUUUAACGAAACGACAUCGCUUACCAAGACCUCUUGCGGUAUCAUUUUCUAAUCCGCGGUGUCGUUGGGUUUACUCGCUGUGCCAUUUUUAGCCAGCCGACACCGUUUCCAGUCUCGCGAUGACGUUGAACUUUCAGGUUCGCGACACCGUUUUAUCCCUCCUCCGACAAGGAACAAAUAAAAACGCUCCCUUUUCCAACUCCAACAGCAACAUCGCGAACACUAAUGGAUUUCUAGCCCUGGCUCACAACAUUGUUUUCACUGAAUUCUCAGCACCGCGGUACCGUCGAGCCUCUACGCGGUGUCGUUUCUCUCCUCUUCCGACAAAGAAUAAACAAAAACAUUCCUUUUCCAAUAACAACACCAACAUGCCGAGUGAAUCCGACCUUGUUUUUCCCUAAUCAAAUGUCAUUUUAAGUACCGCGGUAUUGUUGAGCUUCCUUGCGGUGUCGUUUUAACUCUCCGCGACGCCGCUCAAUUCCAAACGACACUAUUUUUUGUCAUGCGGCAUCGAAUUAAAUGCCGAGACUAAUUAAUGCGGCAUUUAAUUGAAUCAAAAAUAAUUUUAGGUGCAAACAAUGGCCCACAACUUAGUUUAUAAAAAUCAAUUCUUAUGAACUAAAAUCACAUUAUUGUCAUCACAUAAUAACACAUUCUAUCAAACCAAAAUCAACUCAUAAGAUGGUUGACCAGUGCAACUCGGUCAACGGCUGCCGCGACGGGGAGCAUGCGGGCCUGCCCCGUGCGAUAACAACAUCGUGGACGGUUCGGCGGCUGUCUGGAGGGUUCUGGGCCUGAACCAGGAUUUGGGCCUUGUUCCUGGUACUUGGACCAUGGCCUAGAUAAGUUGGGCCUCUGGGGGUUUGUUUGUGGUCAAUAUAGAGGCAUUGUUGUGGGCCUUCUCAAUAUAAUUGUCGUUGAUUUCCCUUUUUCUAGUGGGAAGCAUAAUUAAAAAAAAUGGUUACCAACUUACCAUAUGGAAUGCAUGAAUUGCUUAAGACCGUUUGGUACCAAAUAAAUCGAGAAUUCAUUUCAUUGUAAAAUGAAUUAUCGUGCAGAAUUCAUUGUCUAAGGAAAUCUUGUGUUUGAUAUGUCAUAUUCAAAUCGUCAGAAAUAAAAUGAAUUGCCAUGUACAAUUCAUUGUCAAAUAAAUUCUUGUAUUUGGUGUGUAUAUGUAUAAGUAAUUUAGUUAAUAAAAUAGGAUAAUUAUGUCAUUCUAUUUAAUUAGUAAAUACUUUUUGAAAUUCAUUUAGAAAUUCCAUCUCAAUUCCUCGGAAUUGCAAUAACCAGUUCCAAUUCUAUAGAAUUUAAAAUUUAGAAAUUGGAAAUGAAUUCUUUUAAAUACCAAACACAAACAUGUUUCAUUUCGAAAUGAAUUUCUCAAAACUUAUGAAAUUUAUUUAUACCAAACGAUAUGUAAGUGUGUUGCUAUUGGAUUUGUAAGUUGAUUUUUUAAGUUUCCGAGUAAAAAAGUUUGGUUAUAAUUUUAUGUCAAUUUCCUGGCAACGUUUCACUUUGUAUGAAUGGUUUUAAAUUAUGUUGUUAUUUCGAGACAAACAAAAAUAACAAUUUAUCCAGUUACAGUUCAGUUCUUGAUAAUAUUUAAAAAUUGCAUUUCACGACAAACAGUUCAUGGUAUUCCGUAUUCCCCUCCAUUAUUGGUUUCUCAAAUUUGGGACGACCCUUUUAUUGUAAAUACCAUCUUUCUUUUCACAUUUCCAUGUAAGGUUUCCGAUGUGAUGCAGGAAGAGCAAGAGUCAAAAGAGUACCCUCCAAAACCAGACCUAAUAUAUAUCAUAAAUUUGGGCACAUGAGAAUGUUAAAAGGGACAGUGGGGUAGUACUCUCUUUCACGGUUCCAUGUCCAACCUUUCUUUUCACAUGAAAACCGAACCCCUUCGAUAGCUAGGUUUGUUGUACAUGUAAUGUACAUCUUUAUGUUUUGUGGCACAUGAAUGGUCAAAUUUGAUUUUGCCUAACAUCUUACCUACCCAAAAUUUAUGUGUGUCUGUGAAUUCCCCAUCACCAAGUGUGUCUUUUACCCACAUGUUCUUUUCCUCUCUCUCUCUCUCUCUCAUUUUUCAAAGUCUCAUAAAUAAUAAUCCAUACC